UUUACAGUAUGAUGUACAUAUUAUAAUACUAAUUAUACUUAUUAUAAUUAUAUUAUAAUGGUUAGAAAACAUAAAUUAAAAUUAGUAAUUAAUUAAUGUGUCUCUUUUUUCGUUAAUAUACAUACUUUAUAUUCUGUGUGACGUAUUUUUAAAAAUGUGAUUUCUAUCUACUAUUUCAAUAUAAAUUAUUGAAGUUUUCAGUGUUUAACUGCAACUUCCGCAAUGUCUGUUAUAGAUAGGCUCGCAAGAGCUCUUGAUGGGCUUACGUCUAAUGAUUUGGUCGGACGAGCUGGCGAAAAAGAAAAAUACUGUCGCACUACAGCCGAUUUGAUUUGUGCUCCGAUCAUUAUGAAUUUUUCAUCUUUUAGUGAUUUAUUACACAAGUCCAUUGAUAGCUUAUUGAAAAUGUGUGAUCAUUCAGAAGCUAAUGUGCGAAUGGUAGCUGAAGAAAACUUAAAUAGAGUUGUUCGUUGCAUGAUAGACUAUCGAAAAUCUGAAAUAUUCGUUGAGUUAUUAAAAGAAAUUAAGAGAAAUGAUACUGUGCGUCGGUUAAGAGCUGCUUUAUCAAGAUUUGGAAAAAUUUGUCACUUAAUCACUCCUUCUAGCCGAAAAAAAUUUGUUUUGUUUUUAAUUCCUUGUAUAAAAAAAAUUGGUAUGAGAUCAGAAGACCCAAUUGCAGAAAUGUUAGAGCAAACUUUUCCAAAAAUCAUGCAAAGUCUGGGACAUAUUAUGUCUGACAAUAAUAUUAAGGUGCUAUUGGAGACUUUUAUCAAUAACCUUAUAACAGAAUCUUCAACUAUUCGUAGAUCAAGUGUUACCUGCAUAGAAGCCUUAUGUCUUUAUUGUAGAAAACCAAUGGUUUUUUUCAAAUAUGUAUUGCUCAUAAAUUCUGUGUUGAUUCACGAUCUCAAUAAAUCAAUGGUAUCUGAAUGUGUUUGGGCAGAAAGUUGUGUGGUUAUCGGUUUGUUAAAUAAUUUGAAAAACAUAAUGCAAUAUUCAACAUAUAUAAGUAAUAAUUCAAGUGAAUUUAAACUAGAAGCAAAAUAUAUUCAAAAAAUCUAUUUACAAAUAUUUAGAUUUUGUUGCUUUACCUUGAUGCACUCAGACACUAACAUUGUAACAUCAGCAUUGGAAACUUUAACCCAAUUGUUUAUCUUUUGUCCAUCUGAUACAUUACAAGUUUUGACAAAAAAAAAGAUGUUGAACCAAACUAAACUUUAUGAGACUGAAGUUGCUAAAAUGCAUACCCUAGUCAAUUCUAUUAAGAUGCCACAAACAUUAGCUCAAAGUUUAGAAAAAUCAUUUCACCAUAGUUCAUCUGAAAGUUUAGAAUCUACAUUUGUACAAGUUUCUUUUCCAAAGUUUGAGGAUGAACCAAAGUCAGCAUCACAGUCUUUUGAAUCGACAAGACCUUCUAUUUCAUCAGCAAAUUCGAUGACCAAUUUAUAUUCAGAAUUUGGUGAUGACAGUUUGAGCGAGGUAGACUCGAUAGCAGAAAAUGUAUUCUUUUCAGAAUAUGAGAGUCCUCGAGAUUUUGAUUUGCAGAGUGUAACUUCGGAACAUAGUUGUCAUUCUACAACCGGUUCAGUUCUACAACAAGAAUUAGAAUUUAUUAAUCAAAUUUGUGAUGAUGUACCAUUAAAUACACUAUGUAAGAAAAUCACAUCAUUAUUCUUAGCUCCAGAUGCCAAUAGACAUGUUAGAACAGGAGUAAGAUCUUCAGCACUUGGGUGUAUCACUGAAAUGAUGAGAAUAGAUCCAAAACUAGCUCUAAUUACAUUAGACUUAUCCAACACAACAGAAACUGUAUUACAAAUUGCAAUCACUUACACCAGUCAUGAAGAUCAUCUUUUAAGAGGAAUGGCUAUUAAGCUGAUUGGUACUUAUAUUGAAGUGAUUCUCAGGAAAAAUACCGGUGAAUUUACAUUGCCGAAAUAUUCAGAUACACCUAAUGUAGAGAUCGGUGAUUUAAUUUAUAUCAUAGUGCAGGGCUUAAGAGAUGAAUCCUAUAUGUGUGUAUGUCAUUCUCUAUCAGCUGUGUCAGUUUGUCUAAUGCCCCUUUUAAAUAGCGAAGCUUCCAAUUGUACGAUUCCUUUAUUUGAAACUAUUCUAUCAGAUAUAAGUUCUUAUUGGCUUGUCAAGGUUAAACUGCUAGAAAUAAUUGAAAAUCUAUCAUUUAUGACAGUGUACUAUGUAACAAAUAGUUCAACGUAUCAGGAUCGUAUUUUAGACAGAAUAAUAUUAAAAUUUUUGUAUGAUAAUGAACAUAGCGUUAGACAAGCAGCAGCUAAAUGUUUAUUAAGUGUUGUUCGGAACUGUUACUAUAAAAUUGACUAUAAACAACAAGAUGUUAUUACAUCGUGGGUGUGCACUCAUGCUAAUUUGUAUUAUUCAAAUUUUCUUCAGCUUCAAAGUAAUGUAUUUUAUGACUUGUAUGGCGAGGCCUCAUUAACGCGUCUAAUCAAUCGUUUGACUAAUGAUCUUAUAAAAAACCAUUCGGUAUUUGGAAUUGCUGGAUGUAUUGAGGCACUAACAUUACUAUCUGACACAUACAAGUCUCCAGCAUAUCCAAAUGCUUGGAAAUGUGUAGUUACUACCAAAGGAUUUAAUCAUAAUUCGUCUAGUCCAUGUUCUGCUUUAUUUACUUCAGUACUUUCAACCAUGACAUCAUCAACUGCUGCAUUUGACUUGGAAAUGCAUUGUUGGAUGUUAAAAUUAUCUUCCAAUUUGGUUACUGAACUAGCUAAUUCACUGCAAAGUUUAAAGGAUCAUAAGAUCGAAUUUGGCAAAUAUAAUUGUUGGUUUGAAGAUGAAAAACUAAAGAAGCAAUUCAACGAAUUAUGGACACAUGUCCUAAAACUUUUAAAUAUGCUACGAAAUGUGAUAUUAGAUUACAGAGAACCUACUCAUACACCGAUUUCAGUACAAAAAUCUGAAGAAAAUAAAAAAGAAAAAAAUGGUUCUCGUGGGUUACCUUCACGUAGUAACUAUUACUACAAAUUACAGUCCAUAACUAAGGCUUCAUACAACAAUUACAAGUUAUCUCUUGAAAAUACAAGUAAUGAAAAAUUUAUUAAGUUUCUCGAGGCGGUUCUCCAUGCUUUAAAGAUACUGCUUCAAUUUAUCGCUACAACAGAAUGUAACCAGCACGUUGAGCGUAUAACCCUAUGUGUUACUGCUGUCACCAAUUUAGCACCUAAUUAUAGUUCUCAAGUCUUAGCCGAGUUACUCAAGUGCUUAAUAUCAAAGAAUAAUACAGCAAAAAGUCUUCAACAAUACACUAAAAGAGAUCUUACAUUCAAUAAAAGCAACAUGAUUUUACCUUGUCUGUAUACACAGGCAUUAGAAAUCCCCUAUGAGUAUGUUUGUAGUUUUAUAGAUUCCAAAAUUAAAACGUUCCAGUAUGCAAAUAAACGCUGGGAAGAUGAAAGAGUUCGUACGACUUCAAUUGGUGGAAAACUAUUUACUCCUAACUCUGAAAGUAUUGAUUUCUCAACAAACCUCAAAUGUUUUCGUCCAUUAAUAAUAAAACUGUUGAAGGAGUACGUAGUUACUGGAGAUGUGCAAGUGCAGUCCAACAUAUUAGAACUGCUAAUAGUAAUGACUCAAUGUAAAAUCAACUUCAACAUAAUUGAUCCGAAACAAGAAUUUUUAAAUUUUAUUUUUAGUCAAUUUGAUUAUCUAGAAAAUGGUCUCUUUAGAAAUCCAGAAGAGUUAAUAAGAAAAAUAUUUCAUCUGUUUAUAAGUUUAUCUGCAGAUAAAAACAAGUCAAAUAAUAAUUUAAUUUCUGAAGCUAUACGCCUGUGUGAUGGACUAAUGGCAAGUGGAUAUCCACCUGACUUAUAUUGUAUUCCAGCAAUUUUACCGAUUGUAGAAAACGUAUAUGUAUUAAAAUCAGCAUUUUUGGUGAACUCAUCUGAUUUAAAAGAACUUGAAGCACAAAGAGAAAUGUUGUUCGCCAUGUUAUUAAGGUUGUGUCAAUUUAACAAAGUUAUCAGUAUUCUUAGCUUGGUUAUAAUGGAAGGAAGUGAAGAAAAGUGGAGAAAACAAUCUAGACAGCUAUUCGACACUCUUUAUACUUCUCUUGGCGGAUGUAAAAUCCAGGCAUCUUUAUCAUCACUAAUUAAUCUAUUAUUAACUUUACAUCCAUCUUCUUAUAGCCUUCAACAGCAACUUUAUGUUAUGUUUAACACGUGUUACGAUGUUGAAAAAUGCACCUUAGAACCUUGGUUGAAAACUGUGCUCUCAAACUUAUUAAUAAUUCUUGUUCAAAGAUCUGAAGAUGUAAUUUUAUUGAAAAUUUCUGAGUCCGAUAUUUCUAUAAGUUCUAAUUUAUUUGAACUCACCACACAGUCAGAUCCAUUAAAUGCUUCUCUAUUAAACAAAAAGAACCUUCCGGGAGAGCAAACAUUUUCUAAAUUCUUGUUCAGAGUUAUAUACUUAACUGUUAAUGACAUUAAGAUUUUUUAUGGUCAGCCUCAAGACAACAGUGAAAGUAAAGUAUGUCUGUUGUCGGAAUUCUUACUGACCUGUCAAUAUAUUGUACAAUCUGGUACUUUUCCAAAAAUUGUAAAAGCUCUACAAAAUUUACUCGCUGAUCCCGUGUUUAAUAUGCUUCAUGAGAACAUUUUGACUUUAUCAAUGACUUAUCCGUUACUCGUUAUGCAUUGGGUACAAUUUAUUGGUAUUUUAGAUUAUGAUAAUAUCGACUUUUGGAAAUCAUUAUUAUGCAUAAAUACUUCUAAAAAUCAGUUAAGAUGUUGUUUCUAUUUAAGCAUUGUUCAAAAAGGUUGCUUUUUGAUUUUAUGUGAAAUAUUAAGCAAAAAAGUCAGUCUUGAUAACGAGUUAUUAAAGUGGUUUUUAUCUGAUUGUGUUAUCCAACUAUUGGAACUGGGAAAUGAAACGUCUACCCAAGAACUCCUUAACUGUGUUAACAAAGAUCCUGAUCUAAGUCUUUUACAUUUAAUGGCCAUGAAAGAAAAAUGUAUUGAAGAAAAGGUGAAUUUAACGAAUGAGCUCUUGAGAAGUAUGAAUGAAGCCCACCCGGCUCAUUGUGGAGAAGUAAUAAAAAUGAUUUUGCCUUCAGUGUUAGAAGAUCCACAUUUGGCUUUGUCACAGUUUGCUAGUUCUAUUGCUAUUAGAAAAAUGGAGUAUCUCCUUACAUUACCUGUCAGCGAGAGCUCUUCUCAGUUGAGUAGCGACGAGACCAAACAUAUCCUCGAGUACUUUAAUAAAUUUAAUGUGUGUAUUAGGAAUCGUUAUUGUAUACUUAUAUCAUUGUUUAACAAAUUCGGUACCCAAUGUUAUGGUUAUACGAGCGUAGAAAUUGACCAAAAUAAAACAGUCAGUAUAAAUGAAAUAAAAAAUAUUGUGAUCGACAAAAGCUGGUUUUUAGAACAAGUUAAAAUUAGAUGCUGUCGAAAUGACUGCCCCAGCUUCGAGUCGGCUAAACUGUUAUCUAAUUUACCAUUGCAGGACUCUGUUUUUAUUAUGAGGGCAGAUGGCUUCAAUCUUGAUAUUCUACAACACUGUUUCGUCGUAUCAACAUUUAUUACGAUUGAAAAUUGGAAAACAUUAUCUGAAGACGCAACUAUCUUAGAGUUAUGUCCGUUAUUUGUAGCCACACGAUUUGUACUAGUGCAGCAUAUUCAGUUAGCUUGUAGCUAUUUACCUAGAUUCCAUCAAGUCUUUCUGCCACUAAACAAAAAAUUAACUGAAAAACAAAGUUCUUACAAAACACGCAUGUGUGAACUGUUUGAAGACAAAGAAUUGGUCAAAAGCGCAUUGCAAAUUAUACCAGCGGUAACACAAUUUUUGGAAUGUGUAAAAUGUUUAUCUAAGUACAAAAACAAAAAACACAUAAUAUUAAUGGACUCAAACAAGACACUUUUAAAAUUUACUAUAUUUAUGGUUGAAUUAUUAAAAUGGAAAUUAUCCAAAAAAAAUGCUGCAACUAGUAUGAUACAGUUGCUCUUAAAAUGCGCUUACUGUGUAUUUGAUGUUUGUGACUUGGCCAAUGACUUAUGUUCGACAGAAUUAGGAUCAAUGGCUUCAACAUUAGUAUCUGUAGUCGAGUUUAUUUCUGAAGAUGUGCUACCAUUAGUAUCUGAUAAUUAUUAUACGACAAAAACAUCAGAGCUAAUUCCGACGUGUCGGCAAAUUUCAUCGUUGAUCACUUGGGUAGAAACGUCCCAUUCCGCAGUAUCAAAGUUUUAUUUGAAUCAAAUUACAUGUUCCAUUAUACAAAUUAUCAGUCGUCAUCCAUUGGUGAACGGCUAUGUGCGGGUACCUCCUGAAGCAUGGAAUAUGUUACAGCCUAAAUCCAGUGGUGAUGAUUUUGUUAUACCACCGUUACCUAUUGAUGUGUUGCAAGAAAUAGACGUGCUUAAGCAGUUUGUAUCCAGACUGAGCGUAGUAGGUUGGAACAGCAAACAGCAGUUUGAAGAAACAUGGAUGACAUUACUAAGUGUACUGGUUCCGUCCAACGAAACCGACAUACCCAAAGAAGAGCAAAUAUCUCGAAUACAGGCGAGUAGUGAGGCUGUAAAUGGAAUUACUCAGUUGUUUAGCCAGACAUUAUUCAAACAUUAUCCAGGGGAUACUACUAAAAACACGUUUCUACAUGUGUCAAGAGACUCUCCUCUCAAUUUAUCCAAACACAAGUGGUUUAUAAAACUAGAAGAAGUCAACGAAUUGAUUUAUGCUACAUUCGGUAAGUUUAGACGUACAGCAAGUAAAGAAUGUUUAUUGGAUCGCUUAGAACAAAGAGCCAACAUAGAAAGAAUUCACAAUCAGCAUAGGUAUAGUUAUCAUCAACUAUCUGUAAAAUUUUUACAAACUGCUAUAUCAGAUGAAUGGAAAUCGUCUUAUAGGUGUUCGAGUCCUAAGCAUUCAAAUUCCAAUAAACAAUUGUUUGAGCGGACCAAUAUUUUAAAAGAAAGUGGCUUAGACCUUACAUCCUGUACAUCACUCUUAAAAGAUGUUUUUAAUCAAUGGUUAGAACCAAAAACGCGUGGAUCUUUAUCUCAAACAAAUGAAAUGAUAAAAUGUCUGCUUGUGGUAUCGGACUUAUUUACUGAAAGAGAACAUUACAUUUGGAUGCUUAAUGCGUGUUUGAACUUAUCUAAUAUACAUCAUCAUGAAGAUUUGAUUUUGCACCAAUACGUUAUUAUUGCUGCAGCUAAAGCAUUGGCAGUUUCUAAAGUUGAGGAUUUAAGUAUCAGAGAGAAAGUUCUAAAACUAAUAGACACUGGACUGAAAUCAAACUGUCGUUUAACCCAGUUGGCGGCUUUACAUGGUCUCCUCUAUUUGUUAGAAGGUUGUUUUACUGAUGAAAAUCUACCCAAUGGUUCAGAUAUUGUUCAAAUGGCUGUAGACUUCGUACAAAAACACUUGUGCACAGAAUACUCAAUGCUAUAUGAGUGCGAGUGGCAACUUUGUCUAAUAUCAAUUGCCUUCUACGUGGUUGAACAUGGUUUAGAUAGCAUGGAUGAUUCAAUACUUGUUUCACUUGAAGGACUGACAAAAGUUGUAUCGUCUUCUAGGAACUUUAAUCUUUAUCAAGCUCUUAUACAGGGAUUUCAACGUAUUGUUUAUACAAAACAUUCAAAUCAAAAUAUUAUUGAGCAAAUAACAACAUUAGCUUUGGACAGACUGUCAAACGCUCCACCUGGAUUUUCCUUGCCAGCACUACAAUUACUUUUGUCAUGCAUUUAUGCAGAACAUUAUGUUGAAAACAUGCAAGACGAUAUUGACCCAGACAUUAUAGUUGCAGAAAUGGAAAAAGUCAGCAUGCUGUUUGAAAGGAUCAAAAAAGGUUGUUUGCUGGAAGUAGAGAUCACUACGGUUAUCAUGUCUAAAGUAUUAACUGAUAUUUUUCCAGCGUCAUAUGUAUUGAUGAGAGUUGUUGGCGAAUUUCUAUCGCCCAAUCAACCUCAUCCAACUCAUAUGUGUAUUGUAGUAAAUGAGAUAUUUGAACAGCUUAUUGAGGGAUCUCAAUUGGAUUUAUUACAAGAUUGGGUCAUUACUUCACUUAGUAAUUUUACUCAGGGACUUCAAAUUCCUAUGGCGAUCUAUUGCUUGAUUUGUUUCUUCAUAAGCUCUUCUACUAAUCAAUGGCUAAGAGCAAUAUUUCCUCACGUGCGACUACGACUUGGACGUUACGAAUAUGAAGACAGGAAACUACUGUGUAUAGCAGCGUUGAACUUUUAUAGUAAUUUAUCAAAUGAAAACCAAAAAAAAUUGUACAAAGAAUCAUUUCAGUCUUCAGCCAAAUCCAAAAAUCCUUUCAGAGAUAUUCUUUUAUGCUUGGAGUAAUGGUAAAAUUCUCGAAAUGAAAAACAUUAAUGUGCCUCAUUAGUUAAUUAAUUUAAUGGUAUACCAUGGUGUUUAUAUUAUUUAAUAUAUUUUUACAUAUU